AUGGCAGCUGUCAUGACCGUCAUGGAGAAACCGCCUUCGUGGUCUCAGGCAAAAGUAGAGCUCAAUGAUCCCAGCUUCCUGACAAGAGUUAAAAACUUCGACAAAGAUUCAAUAACGAAUGCAACUUUGAAAAAGAUCGAGAAAUUCACAAAAGACCCUUCCUUUGCACCCCCAAACGUGCAGAAGGUGUCUCGUGCUGCUGGGGCCUUGUGCUUGUGGGUUCAUGCAAUGCAAAUGUACGCGGAGGUUUACCGGGAAGUGGAACCAAAACGUCUAAAGCUACGCCUUGCUGAAGAGGAGCUCGAAAAGAAGCAGAGUGACCUACGCCUCGCUCGCAAAAGCCUAGAGGACAUACAAAGUAGGCUUGAGGAACUGAAUAAUCAAUACGACGAGAGCCUUCGCAACAAGAGCGAGCUUAACAGCUCGGCUGAGGAAUUGCGAGUGAAGCUGGAGAGAGCAGAAAGCCUUAUUACUGGCUUGGCUGACGAAAGAGAUCGCUGGGAGCUCUCCUUGGAAAGCUACAAGGACAAGCUGGGAAACAUCCCUGGGGACGCCCUCCUUGGAUCAGCCUUUAUGUCAUACGCCGGUCCAUUUACAUCUACGUACAGGUCGCACCUUGUUAAAGAUCUCUGGAUGAGCAAACUGCAAGAUUCGAGCAUCCCGUGUAGCGCAGACUUUGAUUUCACGGAUUUUUUCGUGACUCCUGUAGACGUUAGACAGUGGCAAUUGGACGGACUCCCAACUGACCCGUUUUCUGCCGAAAAUGGCGUUUUAAUAACGAAAGCUUCGAAGUGGCCCUUAAUUAUUGACCCCCAAAAUCAAGCAAAUCGUUGGAUAAGAAAGCUGAAGUCAUCGCAAAUCACGGUUGUCGAUCCCGAGUCAAAGUCACUCCUGCGAAUUCUCCACCUCUCAGUGCAAACAGGAAGAUGCGUUUUGCUUGAGCGCUUGCAAACUCAAAUUGACCCAUCACUUGAGCCCAUCAUUACUAAGAAUGUUGUCGACGUUAACGGGAAACGGUUCAUUAGCAUUGGAGAGCAGCUCGUGCCACUGGACGAUAGCUUUUCUCUUUGGAUGACAACCAAGAUAGGCAAUCCCUUGUUUCCGCCAGAGAUUGAGGCUGAAGUAACCUUAAUUAACUUUGUUAUCAUGCAGGACGGCCUCACUGAACAGUUGCUGGGAAUCGUUGUCAUGAAAGAAGAGCCAAGUUUAGAGGCUCAUAAGCACGCCUUAGUUCUAAAGCUGGCUGAAGGGCGAAAGCGGCUGCAAGACAUUGAGGAUCAAAUUCUUAGACUGCUGACAGAUGCAAGAGGAUGUCUUUUAGAUGACCUGGAGCUAAUUCGAGUGCUUCAGGACUCUAAGCGCGUUGCCGGCGAGGUCAGCUCCCAGAUUGAAGUUUCUGAGCGCACCAUGAAGAAAAUUGAUCAAGCACGGGAGGCGUACCGGUACGCAAGGCAAGGGAUGUUUGAACGUCAUAAACCUUUGCUAAGCCUUCACUUGUGUGCUAGCGUUCUUCUAGCUGAUGACCAAAUUAAUAGGCAAGAAUAUGCCUUCUUGUUUACUCAUGGAGGCGUUCCCGACUCGUCUCCACUCGCUGCCAAUCCGGACCCGGAAUGGAUUACACCAGCAGUUUGGCAGCUGAUUUGCAAGGCUGACCAAUUGGAGGGUCUCCAAGGGUUGCAGAACUCAAUAGAGCAAAACAUAAGAAUUAUCCCUGCAGCAUCUCGUUUCGUCACCGAGACUAUGGACUCCAAGUUCGUCGAGAACUCGCCGCUGGAUUGGGAAGAGCUGCUGUCAUCGUCGAAAAGCUCUGUUCCCUUGCUUUUCAUCCUGUCUGGAGUAGAUCCUAUUGGACAGCUUACGGCAUUUGCCACAUCAAAAAACACGACCUCUACAAGCGAAUUCCCCUGGGAUGCAGUGCGCUUCCGAAUUGCAGGAGCGUGUUAUGGUGGCCGCCUGACGGACGAAAGGGACAUGCGACUCCUGCGAGUUUACUGUAACGAUUGUUUAAAUCCGCAAGUGUUGGCGAACGACUUUAAAUUUCAAGGGCUCCAGCAGUAUCCUAUGCCUGAAGACACAUCGUUAACUGGCCUAAGGCAGUAUGUUCGUGAGCUGCCAGCAAUAGAUCCACCCGAGCUCUUCGGCCAACACGUUAACGCCGAAAUUCAAUCACAGAUAGAGGAGGCCGAGGAACUUUUCGCAACUCUCUUAAGCAUACAACACCCAGGGGCUGAUAUCAGCGACACUGGAGACGCUGAGACACGAGAAUCUAGGGUCUUGAGGUGCUGUGAUCACCUCGAAAGCGUACUUCCCAACCAUCUGGAUAUCCCAAGGAUGGAGCAGGCAACAGUUGAAGACUUAUCGCCUCUAAGGGUCGUUAUGAUACAGGAGGCUCAACGCCUCAACAGGCUCUUGGCGUGCGUCACAGAGAUGGUGCGCCAUCUAAAGAGGGGUGUCGCGGGCCUCGUCGUGAUGUCAGAAGAUCUGGAAGCUCUGCAGUGCUCUUUGCUUAGUGGAAAAGUUCCACCGUGCUGGGAAUUCGCUUUCCCCUCACUGAAACCCCUCAGCUCUUGGGCACUCGACUUAUCUGCGCGCGUGGACCAAAUAAGCAAAUGGGGCCUGGAGGGACAACCAAAGGCCUUCUGGUUAGGCGGGUUAACAUACCCGGGCGCCUUCUUGACGGCGCUAUUGCAACAAUUUGCUAGACGCAAUUCGAUCUCAGUUGAUACUAUAAGCUUCGAAUUCGUAGCAUUGACAACAUACGAUGAAAACACCAUUUCGUCAUCGCCUCGAGAUGGGGCGUACGUAAAGCGGCUGUAUCUUGAAGGCGCAUCAUGGAAUGUUGACGGCAUGUCUCUUCGGGAGCCGGAGCCCAUGCAACUAAUAUGCGAAAUGCCUAUUGUUCACUUCAAGCCAGUAGCCCGCAGGCGGGCCCCUGCUGAAAUGCCAUAUAUGUGUCCCAUUUACCAAUAUCCCUGCCGUGCAGGGAAAAACGGCAGACCAUCUCUGGUUACAAUGCAGGAGAUACGAAGCGGAGCACAAGAUCCUUCAUUUUGGGCCAAGAGAGGCACUGCAAUCCUGCUCUCUACAGCUUCGUAA